AUGAAGGAUAGGUUUGAUCGAUCUCAUAAAAAAUGCAUUAAGUACUCGGUGGGACAACUGGUACUUUGUAAAGGGGGAAUAACCAGAGUAAGCGCUAAUAUAACUAGGAAACUUAACGGGUUGUAUACAGGACCAUAUAGAGUAUGCAAAGCAGAAGAGUCGUUGGAUCGCUACACUAUAUGUAGUAUUAAAGGCAUGAAAGGUUAUCAAAAAUUUACUGCUGUUGUUCGCGGUGAAGUCCUCCGACCUUUCAAAUCUUCCAUUCCCGAUGAUAGCAGUGGCAGUGACCAUGAGGUUGAUAGAGAUGAUUUGAUAGACUUAUUAGAGUGUUAA